AUGUCACGUCAUGGGACUGCCCGUGGGAGCGCCGCGAACCGACGAAGUCCAGUGGCAGUUGAAAGCAACGAAGCUUUCGAAGCGUUCUAUCGAAAGCAGGGGGUGGUUGCUGAGGAGCUUUGGGAUGAUUUCAUACAGACCUUGCGAACACCGAUGCCCGUGGUGGUGCGUAUCAACCGGACCAAACCACAUUGGGAGGAGCUUCACAACUCCUUCGCAGAGGACCUACGCUGGUCGCAACUGCCGUGGUUUCCCGGCGCCUGGCAGUGCGACGCCAAGGACUACGACGAUGCGCUGCGGUCGCAGUGCUCGGCACUGAACAAGUCCUAUGCCCUGCGCUUUCAGGAAGCUGCAUCAUUAGUGCCGCCCUUGCUACUGGAGGUGAAGCCUGCAGAUUUGCUAUUGGACCUUUGUGCCGCACCAGGCAGCAAAACCUUGGAAUGCAUCGAACUCAUGCGGGAGAAUGGCCACAAGUCAUCUCAGGAUGGGGAAACUGGUGUGGUCAUUGCCAAUGACGCGGAUGCUGAACGCUGUUUCGAACUCUUGCCCCUCAUCACGCGCAAGGCUCGCUAUCCGGGUUGCGCAGUGGUCCUGGGAAACGGUGCCAAGUAUCCAGCGCAGUUCCGAGGUCAAGACGACCAACUGCUGUAUGACAAGGUGCUUUGCGACGUCCCGUGCAGUGGUGAUGGCACUCUCCGGCGGCGACCACACUGUUGGAAGUCCUGGUCGGUGGACUUUCCCUUGACUUUGCAUCAGAAACAGCUACUGAUCCUCUGUCGCGGCCUGCACUUGUUGCGACCGGGUGGGCGCCUGGUCUACUCCACCUGCAGCAUGAAUCCCAUUGAGAAUGAGGCAGUGGUGACUGCUGCCCUGGCUCGCUUUGGCGGCGACGUUCGCUUGGCACCCAGCGAUUUGCCCAAGGAGUUGCGGGUGGCGAAGUGUCUUCAGACUUGGUGGGUGCCUGAUCCUCAAGAUUCAGGCUGCUUCUACAAGUCUUGGACGGAGGUGCCAACAUCGCAACGAAAACCUUCGGGGAUUUUGGUAGAAAGUAUGUUCAGCUCUGGCGAACUUGAUCCACGUGGAUGUUUUCGACUGAAUCCGCAUGAAAUUGAUGGGUCUGGUUUCUUCGUGGCAAUCUUCACCAAAACUGCGCAUCGAAGCUUUCCGGUGCAGAUUCCAUCAUCUCGCCUGAUGCCGGAGAUUCCUUGGAGGGCUAGGAAUGAAAACAAUCGCUAUACCGUGGUCUCAACUGACAACUCGGAUGUACAAUCCAUUGUGAAAUUCUAUGGCCUGCGAGACUUACCCGAACCGUUGGUGGCAGAGUACAACAUCAAGGGCAAGUUGACCCAACUGAAUCUGGUGAAUUCUGCUCUACUUCAGCUUUUGCAAAGUCAUUUGAACUGCAAAGGCUCCCCUUUGUUGGUAUCCUUAGGGAUCCCCUUGUUCAAAGUCUUGGAUGACAACUUCAUGACCAACAUCGACGUGCCGCGUUGGCGUCCAGCCAUGGAAGGGGCCCAGAUUUUGGCGCAGAAGAUGGAGAAACGGGUGCUGCGAAUCAGCUUGGAACAGAUGAGGAAGUUAUUGAUGAAACGACUUCUUCCCAUGCAAUCCUUGCUGACUUUGGGAACCGGCAAUGAGUUGAAAGGUCUGGAGAGUUGUGAGGAGAAGUUGGGUGGCGCCGUGGUGGGAACGAUGGACGGAACCUUCUGGGUGCCCUGCAUCAUCACAGGCAGCGGGCUGGAACUCUAUGCCUCUCUGGAGGAGGUUGGUGAUCCCCUUCCCAAGUUGUUACCGCCUCUGCGGCCACCGGUGAUCUCCGCAACGGAGGAGGUGAUGGUCUUGGACAAACCCAGUGGCCUUAGAACGGAGGAUGCCUUGCGUUUUGUUCAGCAGAAGCAUCCAGGCGCCGAGCUGGUUUCCAGGUUGGACAAGGAAACCAGCGGAUGCCUAUUGAUCCCCCUGACAGCGUUGAGCGCGAAAGAGUUCACACAACAAUUUGCGGAAAACAAGGUGCAGAAGUGCUACGUGGCCGUGGUUCAUGGCCAUCCACCUGAGAAGGGUCACAUUACAGAAGCACUGCGCUUGGUACAGCUGGGGGGUGGCACCAAAUACCGCGCCUUUGUGGAUGACACUGGGAAGGCGGCAAGCACUCGCUAUGAGAGGAUUUGGGGCAAACCUGGAGGUCCAUCUGUACUUCUUGCCUAUCCGGAGACUGGAAGAACGCAUCAAAUUCGAUGCCAUAUGGCACAUUUGGGGCACCCGUUGAUCGGAGACACCAAAUAUGGAGGUCAUGUCACGUUCUGGUGUGAUCGGCUGCCAUUACACUGCCUGUCCUUGGUGGCUAGGGACCUUUCGGGACAAAUCCUGAAAUGUUUCGCACCCAUCCCUGAAGAGUUCUUGGCAGCCCUGGUUGCCGUGUGCGAUGGCGAGCUGCAAGGUGAGCAGUGGCAACAACUCUUCCGCGAAAAGGGGCAGGUGAUCCCAAAACCCUGAUAUUUCGCCAUCAGGUGGGACAGAAAUCAUCCUGCAUGAAGUCCUUGGCUUUGAUGGGCGAUCUGGAGAUCCCUGCAGAUACAGUGUGACAGCUGAUUCCCAAGGCAACAACCUGGCAGAUCAUGGUAGAUCGGCUUUGAUCGCAGCUAGCGGCUAGGAGGUUGGGACACCUGGUGGAUGUAAACCUGACGACUGCAGGGACUGCAGAUGGUGCAAAAGUUGGCUCCCGACCUGGCCUUCGCAGAUUUCUUUCAUGGGAGAAGCGCCGGCAAAACGGCGUUGAGCAGCGGUAGGGGGCAACCAACACCUGGGGUAUCGCCGGUCUCGCCUAUGCCCACGUUGAUCCAGAUAGGGUCAUUGCCACCGGAUUCAGCUCGACAAUGUUC